AUGUUUCCAGGUUUUACACAAGCAGCAAUUGUAGCUGUUAUAGUUAUUCUUGCACAAACAACAAAACGUAUUCGUUGUGAUGAUGCAUCAGCAGAUGCUGAAGGAAGUAAUGUUCUUUCACUUACAAAAGAUACAUUCGAUGAUGCUCUUAAAAAUAAUAAACAUAUACUCGUAAAAUUUGUUGCACCAUGGUGUGGUCAUUGUAAAGCAUUAACACCGGCUUAUGCUGCUGCUGCUAAACAAUUAGCUGAUUCUGGUAGUGAUAUUAAAUUAGCUACUGUUGAUGCAACAGUUGAUCAAGAUCUUGCACAAAAAUAUGAUGUUAAAGGUUAUCCAACAAUAAAAUUCUUUAGUGAUGGUACAACAUUUGAAUAUAACGGUGGACGUUCACAAGAUGAUAUUGUAAGUUGGUUAAAAAAGAAAACUGGACCAGCAGCUGAUGAAUUAAAAACUGUUGAUGAUCUUAACAAGUUGAAAGAAGCCAAUGAUGUUGUUGUCAUCGGUGCUUUUAAAGAUACAGAUGGUGAUGCUGCUGCAUCAUUUCUUCAAGUAGCUAAAACACUUGAUGGUAUUCCAUUUGGUAUCACAUCAAAUCAAGAUGUUCUUAAAGAACUUGAUGUCAAAUCAGAUGCUAUUGUUCUCUUUAAAAAAUUUGACGAAGGUCGUAAUGAUCUGACAUCGAAAAUUGAUGAAAAUUCCAUUCGAGAAUUUAUUCAAGCAAAUCAACUUCCAAUUGUUGUCGAUUUUAGUGCUGAAACAGCACAAAAAAUCUUUGGUGGUGAUAUUAAAGUUCAUGUACUUUUAUUUGGUAGCAAAAAGAGUGAUGAUUAUGAAAAACUUCGACAAGAAUUUCAAACUGCUGCAAAACAAUAUCGUGGACGAACACUUUUCGUUUCAAUUGAUUCAGAUGAUGAAGAAAAUGAACGUGUACUUGAAUUCUUUGGUCUUAAAAUAGCCGAUGUUCCAGCUGUUCGUUUAAUUACAUUAAAAGAUGAAAUGAGCAAAUUUAAACCUGAAUCAUCCGAUAUUACAUCAGGAGUUUUAUCAAGUUUUGUUGAUGCUUUCUUUAAUGGUAAACUUAAACCACAUUUACUUACACAAGAAAUUCCUGAAGAUUGGGAUAAAACACCAGUUAAAACUUUAGUUGGUAAAAAUUUUCAUGAAGUUGCUACUAAUAAAAAGAAAACCGUACUUGUUACAUUUAUUGCACCUUGGUGCGGUCAUUGCAAACAAUUAACACCUAUUUAUGAACAAUUAGGUGAAAAAUAUAAAGAUAAUGCUGAUAUUGUUAUUGCUAAAAUGGAUGCUACUGCUAAUGAACUUGAAGAUAUUAAAAUUCAAAGUUUCCCAACAAUAAAAUUAUUUCCAAAAGAUUCCGAUGAAGUUAUUGAUUAUCAUGGUGAACGUACUCUUGAAGGUCUCACCAAAUUUAUUGAUUCAAAUGGAAAAGAAGCUGGCAAAAUCCCUGAUGAGAUGAGCGAACAAACAGAAGAAGCCGAUGAAGAAGAACAAGGAGCUCAUGAAGAUUUAUAA